AUGGAGGUCGCCACAGUAGGCGUGCCAAAUGGCGUCUCAACGCCAGAGACAGCACUUCUGGUUGAUUCCGGCGCAGUCAUCCAGUACCUGUCGGAGGUGCUCCAGGUAACACUAGGAGCCCAGAAGUCUGAGCUGGAAGCCGCUGGAAGUUUGCUUUCAGAAUCAAAAUAUAGCGAGACACUUCAGCGGUGUACGCGAUUCGCUUCCGAAUCACAAGUCGCGCUCUACGUGCAGAAGGACAUAGUGGCCGCGGAGGAAACAAACGGUGAAGCGGAGGACCAAGGUAGGCGAAACCCCGGCUUUCGAGGGGUUGACCAAUACAAUGCUGACUAUAUCGAUGCAGAACCGGCAGUGCAAUAUGCCUACAAUAUCUCCGCCGAUAUUUCGUCCGCUCCCACCACCGUGGCCUCGGUGGCUAUCAUUAAACGGCCGGUUCCAAUCGACCCGACUCUUCCGAUGGCGUCGCAGGUUCAAGUUAUGAACCUUCCUGGUCCGGCAUCUCUCAACAAUGCCCCAGCUCAACAGGGUAACUCUAUGCACUACCAAAUCCUACACCUGUUGCUACACCAUGGUCUCAGCCCUUACUUCGAAGCCUACACUCGGAGCCAGGAGACGGCUGUCGGCACGAAAUCGAAGACGGACACCGAGGCAAAGACCGGCAUUCCAGGCACCAGGAAGAAGAUUGCAGAUCUGGAGCUGGGGUUCAUGCACCUCCAGCAGAAUGUGGAAAUUCCAGCUUUGAACCUACCUCUUCAUGAGGUGGUACAAGCUGCGCUGAAGGAUGCAGAGACUCGUGGUAUUAAGCCGUCGGUUGAGUUGAUUCCGUCGACGGUGCUCGAGAGCAGCGCUUUCACAAACAGCAUCCAGAACGUUGUAAAUGGUUGGAUUCGGUCAAUCCAGACGAUCACCAAGAUGUCUCGCGAUCCGGAUAGCGAAUCGGCCUCCCCCGAAGUCAACUUUUGGCUGUCCAUGGAAUCUGCUCUGGAGGGAAUUGACGCCCAGUUGAAAAGCGAGGGUGUUCUGUUGACUAUGGACAUUCUCCGUCAUGCGAAACGGUAUCAAGCGACCCUCAGUUUCGUUGCGGAUACUGGCCUCAAGGAUGCCACUGAAUUGGUGCAGAAAUAUAACCAGCUGAUGCGCGACUUCCCUCUUGAUGAGCUGUUGUCUGCCACUUCUCUACAGAAGGUUCAGGAAUCGUUGAAUUUGAUUUUCACACACCUGAAUAAGAAGCUGAAGAUUUGCCCGUACCCCAUUAAGCGUGCACUUUCACUCGUUGAAGCUAUCUCAGGCGAUCUUGAUAAGAAAAUCCAUGAGCUCAUUACUGGACGGACCAUUUUGCAUUUGGAUUACCGCGAGUUUAGGUCAUUGAUGAAGAUCACGCAAGCGAUCUGGCGCACUUGGGAUGAGAACCUGAAGGAAUUCACCAAUGUUGCGCGUGAAUCAACACGUCGUCGUAAUGAGAAGUUCAUCCCAAUCAAAAUAAAUGCUAGACACGACAAGACCCGUGAGCGCGUGAAGUAUGUCGACACAUUCAGGAUCAACCAUGAGCAGCUUCAGAAAACCAUCAUCAACGUCCUCGGACCGAAUAACUCAUCCACUGAGAAAGCCGCCGGUGUGGACGCCGAUGGCGCUGUGAUCGUCGAGGAGAUCGGUGAUGUCGAUGCUGUGGAGGAAGUUGCCCAUGCCUACGAUGCUCUUAAGAACGUCGACGUGCUGGACGUUUCUCCGAACGGAUCUCUGACCUGGGAGCAGGCCGAGAUUGCCUACAGCGAGCGCACUUCUCGGGUCGAGAAUUCAAUCAUUGCCCGUUUACGUGACCGUCUGGCGACAGCCAAGAAUGCCAAUGAGAUGUUCCGGGUAUUCUCCAAGUUCAACGCUCUUCUCGUCCGCCCUAAGAUCCGUGGUGCGAUUGGCGAAUAUCAAACUCAGCUGAUUGAUAAUGUCAAGCGAGACAUUAGUGCCUUGCAUGAACGCUUUAAGCAGCAGUACGGUAACUCCGAAGCUCAUGCCAUGGCACAAUUGCGGGAUCUUCCACCUGUCUCGGGCGCCAUCAUUUGGACUCGCCAGAUCGAACACCAACUCGAUGGUUACAUGCGCAAGGUCGAGAAUGUGCUGGGUGAAAAUUGGCAUCUGCACGCCGAGGGACAGAAGUUGCAGACUGAGGGCAACUUGUUCCGUAAGAAGCUCGACACACGACCUGUCUUUGAGUCCUGGCUCUGGGAUGUUCAACGACGCCAUUUCACAAUCGCUGGACGGUUGUUUAAUGUUGUUCGUAACCGCUCGGCCGGAAAUACGUUAGAGCUGGCAGUCAACUUCGAUGCUCAGAUCAUUGCUCUCUUUAAAGAAGUCCGAAACCUUAUCUGGCUUAAUUUCCAGGUUCCUCACGCUGUCAGCAACAUUUCCAAGGAGGCGAAACGUGUUUACCCCUACGCCAUUAGUUUGAUGGAGAGUGUCCGCACUUUUCUGCAAACGAGUCGCCAGAUUACUUCGAUGGUUGAUGUCAACAUACUACUCAAUGGUUACAUGAACGAUGUACAAAUUAUGGUUGCCAAAGGUAUCCCUCUUCGAUGGGAGUCUUUCGUUCAUUCUUAUGAGCUACAUGUCAAGCAAUCGGCAUUGGCAAAUGGUGCUAUCGAGUCAUCUUUGCCUGGCCGCUCUGAGAGUAAGCAUGUGCAGUUUGUCCGAGAGUUUGCAUACUCAGCAUCCACGCUCCAGAGUAAAACCACAGUGCUUGACUCUAUCAACGAGAACAUCCAGAAGUCGAUUCACGAAUUGAAGACAUGCCCGUACGACGCCUCUGCUUUCAAGCAACGCCUGGAUAGCAUUCAGGUCGCCGUCGAUAAACUCAACCUCGAAAACUAUGUGAACUUGGGCUACUGGGUUGCUAAGCUCAAUGGAAGCAUUGAGGCAAUUCUCCGCGAUCGACUCCAUCGUGCCGUGCGCGAGUGGAUUGCCACCUUCCAGGAUUCCAAGAAUGAAAAUUCGACCACUUCUCAUCAAGUUGAACCGGAAGCAUCGAGCCACAAAAUCCAAUUCCCCGAACUUCUCCACGAAAUCUUGAUGAAGAACCAAGUUCUGCACCUGGAUCCACCCCUUCAGUUCGCGCGCGCAAGUUGGUUCUCGCACUUUGACACUUGGCUCGGCGUGAUUUGCAACCUUGAAAAGAUCAAGCCCUCACGUUACCAAAUCUCCAUUAGCGUGCAGAACGUUCGCCAGUCCGAAGUUUGCUUCUCUAAUCUCCCGCAACAUUGUACCAACGAGCUGAAUCAAGUCUAUGAAGUUGUCGAAACAAGACUGAAGGGUGUUUCCGAAUAUGUCGACAAGUGGCUGCAGUUCCAAUCACUUUGGGACUUGCGGUCUGAGCAAGUGUACGACAUCCUGGGUGACGACCUGUCGCAGUGGCUCCAGCUUCUUCAGGAGAUCAGAAAGAGUCGGGCUACAUUCGACACCUCUGAAGUCAGCCGCGGAUUUGGCAACAUCCGAAUUGACUACGAGCAGGUGCAAACCAAGGUGAAUGCCAAAUACGACCAAUGGCAGCAUGAAAUCCUCGUGAAGUUCGGUUCCAAGUUAGGUGGCCGUAUGAGGGAGGUUCAUUCCGAGAUCGCUGCUGCCCGCCGAGACUUGGAAGGCCAGACUCUGGAGGCCUCCUCCACUGCGCACGCCGUGUCGUUCAUCACUAUUGUUCAGCAGUGCAAGCGCAAGACCCGUGUCUGGGAACCCGAGGUUGAUCUUUUCCGCCAAGGUCAAACUACACUUGCCCGCCAACGCUACCAAUUCCCUUAUGAUUGGCUUCACGUUGAAAAUGUUGAUGGCGAGUGGGCAGCUCUCAAUGAGUUGCUGAGCCGCAAGAGCAAGAUUGUCCACGAACAGACUGAAGGCUUGCGCGCGAAGAUUACUGCCGAAGACCGAGUUAUCGCUGACAAGAUUGCCGAGGUCAUCACUCAGUGGAAUGAUGAGAAGCCUGUUUCUGGCACCAUUCCUCCCGAGGAAGCCUCCCGCACCCUCAGCUCGUUCCAGUCUCGUCUCGAGUCUCUUCAGUCCGAAUUUGAGAUGGUAUCCAAGGCUAAAGAAGCUCUGGAUCUUCCUGCAAGCGCUGAGUCAUCACUUCCUCCAAUCCUCGAGGAGGUCCAGGACUUCAUGUCCGUUUGGGCUGCUUUGGCCACUAUCUGGAACAGUCUCAACGACCUUCGGGACGGACUUUGGACCAGUGUACAGCCCAGAAAGCUCCGACAGGCUCUUGACAAUUUAAUCAAGAUGACCAAGGAGAUGCCCAGUCGAAUGAGACAAUAUGCUGCCUUUGAGCACAUCCAGAAUGUCCUUCGCCAGUUAUUGAAGGUGAACUCCCUCCUUUCAGACAUGAAAUCCGAAGCGGUCAAGGAACGACACUGGCACAAGAUCUACAAAAGCCUCAGACCCGAUAAGCGCUUCUCUCUUGUCUCUUUGACCCUUGGUGAUGUUUGGGACUUGCAACUUGCAUCAAGCGAUGCUAUCAUCCGUUCUAUCAUCGCCCAGGCUCAAGGUGAGAUGGCAUUAGAGGAAUUCUUGAAGUCAGUUCGCGAGACUUGGCAGAACUAUUCUCUCGAGCUAGUGCAUUACCAGAACAAGUGCCGUCUCAUCAAAGGUUUCGACGAUCUGUUUGCCAAGUGCAGCGAGAACUUAAACUCACUCCAAGCCAUGAGACAUUCUCCAUACUACAAAGAGUUCGAAGAGGAAGCUAAUGCCUGGGAGGAUAAGUUGAACCGAGUCCACGUUCUUUUCGAUGUCUGGAUUGAUGUUCAGCGACAAUGGGUCUACCUGGAAGGCGUUUUCACCGGAAACGCCGAUAUUAAGCAUCUGCUUCCCUUGGAAUCCGGCCGUUUCCAGAAUAUCAACUCUGAAUUCUUUGCUGUGAUGAAGAAGGUUUACAAAUCGCCAUUCGUUCUGGAUGUCCUUGCCAUCGUUGACGUCCAAAAGUCACUGGAGAGACUGGCCGAUUUGCUGAACAAGAUUCAGAAGGCUCUCGGCGAAUACCUGGAACGAGAGCGUGUCUCCUUCCCCCGUUUCUACUUCGUUGGUGAUGAGGAUCUUUUGGAGAUCAUUGGUAACAGCAAUGACAUCUUCCGCGUCGCCAAGCAUUUCAAGAAGAUGUUUGCUGGUAUGUCGGGACUCGUCAUGGAUGAUGAUAAUAACAUCGUCGCGUUCACCUCCAAGGAAGGCGAAGAAGUUCGCUUGAAGAAGGAAGUCAACCUUCUCAAGACUCCUAGAAUCAACGACUGGCUCUCGGCGCUAGAGAACAACAUGAAGUUGACUUUGGCAGAGCUUCUUGGCGAGGCCGUUGAGCAAUUUGAUACUCUGUACAAUGCCACCGAUGUCGACCGAACUGCCUUCAGCGACUUCCUCGCAAACUAUCCUGCUCAGAUCGUGGUCCUUGCUAGCCAAGUUGUCUGGACCAACUCUGUGCAGAAGUCCCUGGAGGAUGGAGGCGAAAGCCUUCCUGCACUGCAUGGUGCUGAGAUUCGGAUUCUCGAGUUGCUUGCUGCAACGGUACUUGGCGAACUCGACCCUAUCACCCGCAAGAAGUGUGAACACAUGAUCACAGAGUUUGUGCAUCAACGUGACUGCAUCUCCAAGCUCAUUAGUCUCAAUGCCACGACACCCACACACUACCACUGGCUUCUCCAGAUGCGCUAUGUUUACCAGUCAGAGGGCGACUUCUUGCAGCGUCUGUAUGUUCACAUGGCAAAUGCCAAGCUCAGCUACGGAUUCGAGUACCUGGGUGUCCCUGAGCGUCUUGUUCGCACACCACUUACAGAUCGUUGUUUCCUUACCCUCACUCAAGCCCUCUGUCAGCGACUGGGUGGUUCCCCUUACGGUCCUGCUGGUACUGGUAAGACUGAGUCUGUCAAAGCAUUGGGUCUGCAACUUGGUCGCUUCACCCUUGUCUUUUGCUGUGAUGACACAUUUGAUUUCCAAGCAAUGGGUCGUAUCUUCCUCGGUAUCUGCCAAGUAGGUGCCUGGGGUUGCUUCGAUGAGUUCAAUCGUUUGGAGGAACGCAUCUUGUCCGCGGUCUCUCAGCAGAUCCAGAACAUCCAAAUUGGCCUGAAGAACAACAGCGACGGAGACAAGUCCCAAAUCGAUCUUGUUGGCAGACGACUUGCCGUAAACUCCAACACUGGAAUCUUCAUCACCAUGAACCCGGGCUACGCUGGUCGUUCCAACCUACCAGACAAUUUGAAGAAAUUGUUCCGUAGUGUUGCUAUGUCAAAGCCAGACAAAGAACUCAUUGCUGAAGUCAUGCUCUUCUCUCAAGGCUUCAAGCAAGCUAAGCCGCUGUCAAAGCAAACCGUCCCCUUCUUCGACCACUGUGCUUCACGUCUGUCCAAGCAGGCUCACUACGACUUUGGUUUGCGUGCUUUGAAGAGUGUACUCGUUAGCUCAGGAGGCCUCAAGCGAACUCGUCUUGCGAACUCUGGGGGGGACCUUGGGCCCGAUGACGUUAUUGAGCCUCAAAUCAUCGUGCAGAGUCUUCGAGAGACAAUUGCACCCAAGCUUGUCCGCGAAGAUGUAGAGACGAUGAUGGAAAUCCAGGUGGAAGACUUCCCUGGCGUGGACUAUGUGCCUGCCAACUUCGAGGCACUCACACAGGCUAUCCGCGAUAUUGCUACUAAAGAGCAGCAUCUUGUCGACAGUGAAAUGUGGAUCACCAAGGCGCUGCAGCUCUACCAGAUUCAAAUUAUUCACCAUGGUGUUAUGAUGGUUGGAAAAUCAGGAGCUGGUAAAUCCGCAGCUUGGAAGAUUCUUCUCCAGGCAAUGCAGCGCAUUGAAGGUGUCGAGGGCGUCUUCCACAUCAUUGACUCCAAGGUCAUGUCGAAGGAGGCUCUUUACGGUAACCUCGACAGCACCACCCGUGAAUGGACGGACGGUCUAUUCACUGGGAUUUUGAGAAAGAUCGUGGACAAUCUCAGAGGCGAGGACAGCAAGCGCCACUGGAUCGUCUUUGAUGGCGACGUUGACCCUGAAUGGGUUGAGAACUUGAACAGUGUAUUGGAUGACAACAAACUCCUAACACUUCCCAAUGGAGAGCGUCUUAACUUGCCUCCAAACGUGCGCAUCAUGUUUGAAGUUGAAAGUUUGAAAUAUGCCACACUCGCUACAGUCAGUCGUUGUGGUAUGGUGUGGUUCAACGCAGACACUGUUACUCCAACCAUGAUGAUCUCCAACUAUGUCGAAGGCCUCAGAACCAAGGUUUUCGAGGACUUGGAUGAAGACAGCGUUCCUGCAGGAAGCGCAGCGAUUCGGGCGCAGGAUGCCCAAGACACUGUUGCCACUAUACUUAAACAGUUCCUGGAGGUUGAUGACCUGGUUCUCAAAGCUUUGGAUGAAGCCAAAAAGUACAACCAUAUCAUGGAGUUCACAGAUAUUCGCGCCCUCAACACGCUUUUUAGUCUGUUGAACAAGACCUGUCGCAAUGUCCUAGAAUACAAUGCCCAACAUCCGGACUUCCCUCUGGACCCUGAACAAAUCGAGUCAUAUAUCUCCAAGAAGCUUCUUCUUACAUUGGUCUGGUCUCUCACGGGUGAUUGUCCACUUGCUGACCGAAAGGCAUUUGGACAAUAUAUCACCGGAAUGUCUACUAUUGACCUUCCACCGGAUGGCGAAUCAUCUCUGAUCGAUUACGAUGUCACUCUUCCUAAAUCUGAGUGGACCAGCUGGCAGUCACAGGUGCCCACAAUCGACAUCAACACACAUUCCGUCACUCAAACUGACGUGAUUAUCCCCACGGUCGAUACUGUCCGCCACGAGGAUGUGCUAUACUCAUGGCUUGCUGAGCACAAACCCUUGCUGCUUUGUGGUCCUCCUGGAUCCGGUAAGACCAUGACGUUGUUCGCCGCGCUUAGGAAACUCCCCAACAUGGAAGUUGUUGGUCUCAAUUUCUCCAGUGCCACCACGCCUGAUCUCUUGAUCAAGACAUUCGAGCAAUACUGCGAGUACAAGAAAACUCUUAACGGUGUCGUGAUGUCUCCCAACCAGAUUGGUCGCUGGCUUGUCAUCUUCUGUGAUGAAAUUAACCUUCCCGCCCCCGAUCGCUACGGUACUCAGCGUGCUAUUUCAUUCCUGCGACAACUAGUUGAGCAGAAUGGCUUCUGGAGGACAACUGAUAAGACUUGGGUUACCCUGGAUCGCAUUCAGUUUGUUGGUGCUUGUAACCCUCCCACAGAUGCUGGCCGUACGCCAAUGGCUGAGAGAUUCCUGCGUCAUGCGCCACUAAUCAUGGUUGACUAUCCUGGCGAGAUUUCUCUCAAUCAGAUUUAUGGGACGUUCAAUUCUGCCGUUCUAAAGAUCCUCCCAUUGCUGCGUGGAUACUCCGAGGCUCUCACUAAGGCCAUGGUCCAAUUCUACCUUGAAUCUCAGGCCCGAUUCACGCCUCAAAUUCAACCCCACUACGUGUACUCACCCCGUGAACUUACUCGGUGGGUUCGCGGUCUCUACGAAGCUAUCAAGCCGCUCGAAACCCUUUCUAUUGAGGGUCUUAUCCGCAUUUGGGCACACGAGGCCUUGCGUCUGUUCCAAGACAGACUCGUUGAUGAGGAUGAGAGAGCAUGGACCGCAGAUGCCAUUCGCCGGAUUGCCUUGGAACAUUUCCCCACGAUUGACGACCAAGAAGCUCUAAAGGGCCCCAUCCUGUUCUCCAACUGGCUGUCCAAGAACUAUGUGCCAGUUGAACAGGAGAGAUUGCGUGACUUCGUCAAGGCACGUCUGAGAACCUUCUGUGAGGAAGAGGUGGAUGUUCCGCUUGUGCUGUUCAAUGAUGUCCUGGAACACGCCUUGCGUAUUGACCGAGUCUUCCGCCAGCCUCAAGGUCAUCUGAUCCUCAUCGGUGUGAGUGGAAGUGGAAAGACAACACUGUCUCGCUUCGUCGCCUGGAUGAAUGGUUUGAAGGUCUUCCAGAUCAAGGUGCACGGAAAGUAUUCAUCGGAGGACUUCGAUGAUGAUCUUCGAAGCGUACUCCGCCGAGCUGGAUGUAAGGGUGAAAAGAUUUGCUUCAUCAUGGACGAGUCCAACGUCCUUGACUCUGGCUUCCUGGAGCGCAUGAACACCCUCCUUGCAAACGCAGAAGUCCCCGGUCUCUUCGAGGGGGAUGAGUUCUCCUCGCUGAUGACUGCCUGUAAAGAGGGUGCCCAACGUCAGGGUUUGCUUCUCGAUUCGCAAGAGGAGCUUUACAAGUGGUUCACCCAACAGAUUGUCAAGAACUUGCACGUUGUGUUCACCAUGAACCCACCGGAGGAGGGUCUGUCUUCGAAGGCAGCCACCAGUCCUGCCUUGUUCAACCGUUGCGUGCUGAACUGGAUGGGUGACUGGUCUGACCAAGCCCUGUUCCAAGUUGGUUCCGAGCUCACUCAAUCGGUUGAUUUGGACAAGCCCAACUUCGUCUCGCCCGAUAGUAUUCCAGUGGCCUACCGUGAGCUGUCUCUCCCAGCAUCUCACCGAGAUACCGUUAUCAAUUCCAUGGUCUAUAUUCAUCACUCAUUGCAUCGCUUCAACGGACGCCUCCAGAAGCAACAAGGCCGUGCCACUUUCCUCACUCCUCGCCAUUAUCUCGACUUUGUUGCGCAGUACGUUAGCCUAUUCAACGAGAAGCGUGAGGAUCUGGAGGAACAACAGCGUCAUUUGAACAUUGGUCUCGAGAAACUUCAUGACACCGUGGACAAAGUCAGUGACCUGCGUGCCAGUCUUGCUCAAAAGAAGACACAGUUGGAGAAGAAGGAUUUGGAAGCGAAUGAGAAAUUGCAGCGUAUGGUUGCUGAUCAGCAGGAGGCCGAACAGCGCAAGCACGUUUCAUUGGAAGUGCAAGCUGCCUUGGAGAUCCAAAACAAGGAAGUGAAAACUCGGAGGGAAGUUGUUCUACACGAUCUGGCUCAGGCUGAACCCGCUGUCGAAGAAGCCCAGAAGAGUGUUAGCAACAUCAAGCGUCAGCACCUCACCGAAGUCCGAUCUAUGGGUUCCCCUCCAGCCAGCGUUCGGCUUGCCCUGGAAGCCGUGUGCACCCUUCUUGGCCACACUGUUGACAGUUGGAAGACCAUUCAAGGUCUGAUUCGUCGUGAUGACUUCAUUGCUAGCAUUGUUAACUACGACAAUAAGAACCAAAUGACACGCAAACACCGUGUCAAGAUGCAAAACGAGUUCCUCUCGAAGGAGGACUUCACAUACGAGCGAGUUAACCGCGCCAGUAAGGCUUGCGGUCCUCUAGUUCAGUGGGUUGAGGCCCAAGUUAAUUACUCGGCAAUUCUGGAUCGUGUCGGCCCUCUCCGUGUGGAGGUUGACCAGCUUGAGGAACAGGCCCUGCAAACCAAAGCUGAAGCCCAGGCUAUCGAAAAUACCAUCCGUGAUCUCGAAAGCAGUAUUGCUACCUACAAGGCUGAAUACGCUGCACUCAUCAGCGAGACGCAGGCGAUCAAGACCGAGAUGACUCGAGUCCAGUUCAAGGUCGACCGCAGUGUCCGUUUGCUUGAUAGUCUGGCAUCAGAACGUGAGCGCUGGGAAGAAGGCAGCAAGUCUUUCGAAACUCAAAUCAGCACUCUCGUUGGCGAUGUUCUUAUUGCAGCAGCAUUCCUUGCAUACGCGGGUCUGUAUGAUCAGCAGUUCCGCAAGGCAAUGACUGAGGACUGGGUUCACCAACUAGGAGCCUCUGGAAUUGACUUCAAACCUCACAAUCCCAUUACGGAAUACCUUUCCAAUGCCGAUGAGCGCCUGACCUGGCAAGAACAUUCUCUUCCCGUUGACGACCUCUGUACAGAGAAUGCCAUCAUCCUCAAGAGAUUCAACAGAUACCCCCUUAUUGUGGACCCAUCUGGCCGGAUCACAGAAUUCUUGCAGAAAGAGAGCAAAGAACGCAAGCUCACCGUUACAAGUUUCUUGGAUGAUUCCUUUGUCAAGCAAUUGGAGAGCGCCUUGCGUUUCGGAAACCCCAUUCUCAUCCAGGAUGCCGAGCACUUGGACCCCAUUCUCAACCACGUUCUCAACAAGGAGUACCAGAAGACCGGUGGUCGUGUUCUCAUCCAAUUGGGCAGGCAAGAAAUCGAUUUCUCGCCAUCCUUCAAGCUCUUCCUUUCGACUCGCGAUCCGUCUGCCUCAUUCCCUCCUGAUAUCUGCAGUCGCACCACAUUCGUCAACUUCACUGUCACGCAGAGCAGCUUGCAAACGCAGUCACUGAAUGACGUCCUGAAAUUCGAGCGUCCCGAUGUCGAUGAGCGUCGUAACAACCUCGUCAAGAUGCAGGGAGAGUUCAAGGUCCACCUUCGACAGCUUGAGAAGCGUCUUCUACAGGCUCUCAACGAGUCUCGUGGUAACAUCCUUGACGACGACAACGUCAUCGAAACUCUCGAGACCCUCAAAAAGGAAGCUGCUGAGAUCUCCAAGAAGAUGGAAGAGACUGAAGGUGUCAUGGCCGAAGUGGACAGUGUUACGCAGAAGUACAGUAUCAUUGCCCGAUCAUGCAGUGCUGUGUUUGCGGUCCUGGAGCAACUUCAUCACAUCAAUCACUUCUACCAAUUCUCUCUCCAGUACUUUGUCGAUAUCUUCAACUCUGUUCUCUAUCAGAACAAACGACUUGCACAAGAGAAGGAUCAUUCUGCACGAGUACAGAUCAUCAUCCGGGAUCUAUUUAUCAACACCUACCAACGAACUUCCCUGGGUCUCGUUCAAAAGGAUCGCGUCACCCUUGCCAUCCUCCUUGCUCAGGCUACUCCAUUCCCCAUGGACAGGACUCUUCUCGACCGCGUCUUGGAUGAGGCAGUAAAGGGCACAGAUCUUUCGACUACUGUAGAUGCCCGCGACCAAGUGUUAGCCAAGCUGGCCAAUAUGUCCAUCUUCAAGGAGCAUCUUUCAAACAUCACCCAAGAACAAUGGGAUCGCUUCUUCAACGAGGAGCUAGCAGAGAACUUUGUGCCACCCAUUUGGGAAGAGAAUGUCUCGCAACUCGACCAGCUCCUACGCUCUUUGUUACUUGUCAAGAUUUGCCGCAUGGAUCGAUUUGUACCGACCGCCGAGCGUUUCAUCGUCGCCGUAUUCGGCCGCGAGCUCUACGAAGGUGGCGCCGACUUGAAGGACGUGGUUGACCAAGUGACCGCAACACGGCCCAUCGCCCUCAGCUCAAGCCCCGGCUUCGACGCCAGUUACAAGGUCGAUGCCUUGGUCGAGUCUACUCGCGCAACCUGCGCAAACAUCGCCAUGGGUUCCAACGAAGGUCUCGAGAGCGCAGAUAAAGCCAUCAGCAACGCUGCCGCAGUCGGCAACUGGGUGCUUGUCAAGAACGUUCACUUGGCGCCUGCUUGGCUGCAAAGUCUUGAGAAGCGUCUGGACUCCCUCAAGCCACACCCGCAGUUCCGUCUCUUCUUGUCUAUGGAGUCCAGCCCUAAGAUCCCGGUCAAUUUGAUCCGAGCCUCGCGUGUGCUGAUGUACGAACAGCCUGCGGGUGUGCGUGCCAACAUGAAGGAUUCUAUUUCCUCGCUGAACGUGCGAGCAAGCAAGGCCCCCGUCGAGAAAGCUCGCGUCUACCUCCUGCUCUGCUUCUUGCACGCUGUGGUUCAAGAGCGACUCCGCUACGCGCCCAGCCUUGGAUGGAAGGGUUUCUGGGAAUUCAACGACAGCGACUACGAAUGCUCAGCCUACAUCAUCGACCACUGGGUCGAUAGCGUCGCGCAGGGCCGUUCCAACGUUGCACCGCAGAAGAUUCCAUGGGAGGUGAUCCGCACUCUUGUGGCAGAGAUGUACGGCGGCAAGAUCGACGACGCAGACGACUAUCAGCAGCUCGAGACCCUGGUCAACAGCUUCCUGACCCCCGCCGCAUUCGAAGACGACUACAAGCUCGUCUCGGGUGUCGAGAACGAUGACCUCUUGACCCUCCCCGGCACUACUAGCAUGCGCGACUUCGUUACCUGGGUCAAUAAGCUUCCCGAGCGUGAACCACCCACUUACCUAGGUCUUCCAGCCAAUGCGGAGAAACUCCUCUUGGUUGGCCAUGGCCGGAAGAUGAUUUCUGAUCUCUCGCGCGUUACGACGCUUCUCGAUGAAGGGGAGCAGUUGAUGGUUGACAACUGA